GUACGGGAGUUGGAGAUCAUCAACCAAUCUCUCACUCUUUAGACCAAAGUAAAGCACACCAAAACACGAAACUGAAUCAAUUUUCUCCCAUUUCUUUGCUCAUCACUCCAUCUUUGCAGUGUAAAUUGUUGAUUUUUACACCUUAAGCAAACUCAGGUUCAAGCAAUGAUGCUCAGUUCAUCAUCUUUACUACACCUAUCACUCCCUCCAAAAGCCCUUUUCUCUUGCCCUGUUUCCUUUCCUUCUCUCCUCAAAUUCAAGGGAAAUUUAAGACAUGGGGUUGCUCUACUUCCGGCGAUGUGCAUUCCAGGCCCGACCCGCGACACUGAGAAGUCCGAAGAUGCAGAGAACAUGCCGGUUUCAUCGUCUUCUUCUUCGUCAUCGCCGUCGAACAUUUCUACAUACAAUUGGUGUGUGGGUCUUGGUGGAUUGGGGUUUCUGGAAACUGCUUACUUGACCUAUCUUAAGCUCUCUAAUUCCGAUCCAUUUUGCCCUAUUGGUGCUGGGUCUUGCAGUGAUGUCCUCAAUAGUGAUUAUGCCGUUGUUUUUGGUGUCCCUCUUCCACUAAUCGGCAUGACUGCCUAUGGAGUUAUCCUUCUCCUAGGUUUGAAGUUAGGAGGAUGGAAUAUGCCUCUCAAAAUCAAUCAAAGUGAUGGGCGUCUACUUUUGCUUCCUGUCUCGGCUUCCAUGGCAGUUGCAAGUGCUUACUUUUUAUACAUCCUGGCGACUAGACUUGAAGGAGCUUCGUGUUCAUAUUGCUUGGCAUCUGCUACGUUGUCAUUUAGCUUAUUUUUCAUCAUUUUAAAGGAUUUCGGACUGCAAGAGCUACAAAAAGUUGUCACUUUACCCUUGUGUACAGCUGCUAUUGUGCUUGGAAUUUUAAGCACCUCAUACAGUGCCUUACCGCCAAUCUUGCCAAGAUCAGAAGCCAUGGAUUUAACUUAUUAUACAACGGAGAUUAUUUCAGCAUCAAGCCCUUUUGCAAUUUCUCUUGCAAAACAUCUCAAAUCUACUGGGGCAAAAAUGUAUGGGGCUUUUUGGUGUUCACACUGCCAAGAACAAAAGGAGAUGUUUGGGCGUGAGGCAAUGCAGCUGUUAGAUUAUGUGGAAUGCUUCCCUGAUGGUGUUAAGAAAGGAAUCAAGAUGGUUUCGGCUUGUAGUGAUGUUGGAAUUGAAGGAUUCCCCACAUGGCUAAUUAACGGCGAGGUAAUCAGUGGAGAAAAGACGCUUGAAGAGCUAGCAGAAAUAUCUGGCUUCAACUAUGACAAAGUUAACCAACCUAACUAACUCCAGGGACUCCCAAAUGCCUCGGCCUUGUUGACGAGGAGCUCAUGUUGUAAAGCCUGUACAAUAGUUGCACUUGUUUAGGCUUAGCUUAUAUGUGUACCGCAAAUUCCCUUUCACGAGGAACACUGCUAUAUGUUAUUUUUGUAAUAUUUGAUGUAUGCUGUGAGCAGUUUCCUAUUAGAAACUUGGGGAAAUUUUAAUUACAAGAAUGAAUUUGUAAGCAUUUUGUAAGAAUUUUGUAUUUUAUAAUGAGUACUGAUUAAUAA